AUGGCCGUUUCACUGCCUAUUGCUAUGAGAUAUGUGUCGCGUGAUCAUUAUUUGGACAUGUUGCAUCAGCUCACUGGUUUCAGGCCUCAGGACGAGGCUGCAUCGUCUGGUGCUAGUCGGUUGGCUUUGACCCCUAUUAGACAGCACCUUGAGCUACUCCACCCCGAUAUCACUGACGAUAUAGAUGAGGAGCAUAUCACCCAUUAUACGAGGUUGUUGUUGCUUCUUCUAUUUGGAGGGGUCUUGUUCCCUAAUACUUUGGGAAACCUCGUAAGCCUUAGAUUUUUGCAUCAUCUUCAGCUGCUGGAUGAGUUACCCUAUUAUAGUUGGGGUGCUGCUAUUCUCGGCUAUAUGUAUAGGCAGAUGUGUCGGGCGAGCAUGGCCACUCAAAGAUAUGUUUGUGGUUUUAUGCCGAUUCUACAG